UGGUGGUCUGCGUCGAUCAGUAGGCCGCUUUCCUUAAUACCGGCCCUUUUCCACCGCGGUGUUUACACUAAUUGCUUAAGUUAUUACAGCGAGGCACUAUCACCGUUCGGUAGAAGGACAAAGUUUGUGAAGUACAUUGCUUAUUAAGUAUUUCGGAUAAGGACUUGGUUAAGUAAAAGGGGCUUGCACAUCGGCGUGGCGCCGUCGUCCGCGUUGGGUCAGGAAAAUGGGUACCAACAAGGCCACCAAGAAGAUGGCCCGCAAGGGUCAACUGAAAAAUGCCAUCCAAAAGCGGCGGAAGUAUAAGCGCACCACAGGGCGCCGCCAGCCGCACAAGGGCAGCAAGGCGGCCGGCAUCGUAAAGGCUGGAGACGAGUUCCGCAAGGAUGGCAAGCGCAAGGGCGGCGCGUUCGACGACAUGGACGCGGAGGAGUUCCUCAAGGGCGGCUUUGAGGAGGACAUUGAGGACGACGAUGAGGUUGACAGCCUGGAUGGGGACGAGGGCAGCCUGGAGGGCAGCGGCGAGGGCGACAGCAGUGAGGACUUGGAGCUAAGCGACGAGGAGGGUGAGGAGGAGGGCGGCAGCGGCAGCGGCGAGGGUGAGGAGGAGGAGGAGGAUGCGUCUGAGGGAGCCGAGGAGGAGGAGGAUGAAGAGGAGGAGGAGGGCGGCUCGGCGGACCCGGUGGUGCAGGACAAUAAGCGGCUGAAGGGGGAGGUCGCCAAGCACAGGGCCCAGCUGGAGGCCCUGCGGGAGAAGGACCCCGAGUUCUACCAGUACCUCAAGGAUGCGGACGCGGAGCUGCUGGGUUUCGGCGCGGGAGAGGAUGAGGAUGAUGAUGACGAGGAUGCAGAUGAGGAUGAUGAGGAUGAGGACGAGGAGGAGGGGGCUGCUGGCAAGAAGGCGGCAAAGGAUGCCAAGAAGAAGAAGGAUAAGAAGCAGCAAGCAUCCUCUGAGGACGAGGAGGAGGAGGAUGGGGGCGCGCCGGGCAGCGAGGAGGGGGAUGUGGAGGAGGGUGGCCGCGGUCGCAUUGACGUGACCAGCGCGCUGCUGGCCCGCUGGUGUGCUGCGGCCCGGGGGCAGCCGGGUCCGGGGGGCAAGCCGCCUGCGCUGGGUUCGUUUGGUUUCCUGGUGCGGGCGUACCGGCUGGCGUGCCACUACGGGGAUGCGCAGGAGGACGAUGACGCGGGCCGGCUGCGCAUCACCUCCUCCUCCGUCUACAACGCCACCAUGCUGUUCAUGCUGCGCGAGGCGGACGGCAUCCUGCGGCGGCUGCUGGGGCUGCCGGAGGAGGGGGCGGCGGCGGGCGGCAGGGCGGAGGCCGAUCUCACCAAGAACAGCAGGUGGCGCAAGGUGGGUCCGCUGGUCAAGUCGUUCUGGGGCAACUCCAUACACCUGCUGGGCAGCAUCACCGACCCGCCGCUGCUGGCGUUCACACUGCGCAGGCUGAGGUCCAGCGUGUCCCUGCUGGCCCCCUUCCCCCGCCUGCGUGACAAGUUCCUGCGCGCGGCUCUGGGCAUCUUCGGCUCCGGCGAGGUGGCCCCCCGCCUGCAGGCCUUCCUGGCCAUCCGCGCCCUGGCCGUCAGCCUGCCGCAGCCCGCGCUGGACAGCUGCCUGAAGGGCGCUUACCGCAUCUUCGUGGCCAACUCCAAGUUCGUGUCGGCGGCAUCCGCGCCGCACAUCGCCUUCAUGUCCACCUGCCUGGUGGAGCUGUGGGGGCUGGACAUGGCGGCCUCCUACCAGCACGCCUUCACCGCCGUCCGCCAGCUGGCUCAGCUCAUGCGCACCGCGCUCACCUCCAAGACCGCGGACGCCUACAAGGCCGUCUACUGCUGGCAGACCGUCAACUGCCUGGAGCUGUGGGCGCGGGUGCUGGGCGCGCAUGCGGAGCGCCCCGAGCUGCGGCCGCUGGUGUACCCGGUGGCUCAGCUGCUGCUGGGGGCGGCGCGGCUGGUGCCCACGCCGAGGUACUUCCCGCUGAGGAUCCGGCUGGCGCGGGCGCUGAACA